CGCGCAUGAAUUCGCUAUACUGCGAGUUCGACUGCUGUGCUUCAAGUGGUGUGAGCCGCCAAGCUAUGGUGCAGCUGAUAUCUAAGGAGGAAGAUGCGGAUACAGUGGGCGAAGUAUUGGUGCUACAGGGCUGCUGAUAACAAGCAAAAGAAUUCAAACGCAAUAGAAAACGGGAUCUGAGUUAAGAAUUCUAGCGUCAGCCUUUUCACCUCAACUUUCCUGGACAAUGAAUAGAAGUUGCAGGUGACAUCAACCCGUUCCUUGCAUGAUGGCUACCGCUGUUGCCAACGACAAAACUACCUGGGCAGCAAGAUUGUCCCUCAGUCUGUGCAGACCUGCGGACGGCAAGAAACCUGGAACAUGGCGUAGGUUUUCAUUACGAGAGUUGCAUGCGGCCACUAACAACUUCAACUAUGACAACAAACUUGGAGAAGGGACUAUUGGUAGCGUCUACUGGGGUCAACUUGCGAGUGGCGACCAAAUUGCAGUAAAAAGGUUGAAAGUAUGGAGCACGAAAGCAGAAAGAGAAUUUGCUGUCGAAAUUGAAAUUCUCGGUCGAGUACGACACAAGAACCUCCUAAGCCUGUUGGGUUACUGCGCAGAAGGCCAGGAACGCUUGAUCGUGUAUGAGUACAUGCCAAACUUGAGCCUCUACUCGCACUUACAUGGCCACCUCGCUGCCGACUCCGCCUUAGACUGGGACCAAAGGAUGAAAAUUGCAGUUGGCUCCGCAGAAGGCCUUGCCUACUUGCACCAUUAUGCCACGCCACAAAUCGUCCACCGUGGUAUCAAAGCGAGCAACAUUCUCAUGGACGAAAACCUAAACGCCUUGGUGGCCGAUUUCGGCUUGGCAAAGCUCAUUCCCAAUUCUUCGGCUCAGAAGGGCAUCUCCGGAUGCACUGCUCCAAAGACCGUUGCAGGAAAAGUCACAGAGGCCUGUGAUGUCUACAGUUUUGGUGUUCUGCUGAUGGAGCUCAUUAGUGGGAGGAAGCCUAUCGAACGAGUAAGCGGAGAAAAGCAAGCAAUCAUGAAUUGGGCUCGGCCAUUAAUAUUGCAAGGAAAAAUUCAUGACUUGGUUGAUGCUAAGCUGGAGGGCAAAUUUGACAAGGACCAUCUCAACAAACUAGCCCAGGUUGCAGCACUAUGUGCAGAAAUUUUACCUGAAGAGAGACCGUCCAUGCAAGACGUUGUGGAGAUGCUGAAGGAAGGAACCAAAGAUCUGAUGAAGCCGCUGUUGCAGGAUGGGGACCGUUUCGAUGAGGCUGCAGUUAACAGUGUGCAUCCUGUCGGUAUCGAUGUGAACACCUUGAAUAUCAACUAAAACAGUAAGAUGUGAGAGUCAUCUCAUUUUGGACUGUCGUAACCCCAAACGUGCUGCAUAAAGUUUUUCUGAUUUAAGAUUUCAACUUUCACGGUUCCAACAUUUCUCAGAUGAGAAAUAAACCAGACCAUUGAUUUGCCAUUC